AUCCUCAGCUCUCUUGUUGUCUUCACGCGCCUCUACACUCGUUUUUUCAUGGCCAAGACGCCCGGGUGGGACGAUCUGCUCGCUGUGCUUGCGCUGGGGGUUGUUUGUGCACAGUCUGCCUUCAACAUCCACCUGUCGUACCAUGGCGCCGGCGCGCAUAUGGAGCUGAUUCCAUUACCUGACCUCAUGGAGUUCUUCAUUGGACUGAACAAUCUCAACCUCCUUUAUUUCUGGGGUGUUGGGUUGGACCGACUUGCCAUCCUCGCCUUCUUGCCGAGACUGAACAAGGACAAAGUUUACAUGAUCCUGAUCUGGGCCACCAUCGGCAUGGUUCUUGCAACAACCUUGGGAUGCUUCUUCUUCCGUCUGUUCCAGUGCAGCCCAGUGUCAGCCGGCUGGCUUCCCCCAAUGUCGAGUGACGCGCAGUGUUUCACGCCGGUGCAGCUCGACCAGAUGAUGACGGCCCAUGCCGUGCUUGGCAUCAUCUUUGACGCCAUUCUCAUGGGUCUGCCAAUCUGGGUCAUCUACACCAAUAUGCUGUGGUCGCGCAAGAUGUUCCAGGUCAUUGCAGUCUUCAGCGUCGGUAUCUUCGUGGUCAUCACUGGCUGUAUCCGUCUGUACUACAUCAAGACCAUGGACUGGAAAGUCGAUUCGACAUUCAGGAUGGCCACCAUCGGAGUGUGGACCGACCUGGAAUCUCAUAUUGGUCUGUGGUGCGCGUGCUUCCCGGCGCUUCAGCCCGUCAUCAGGAUCGUCGCCUUCAAGCUCGGCCUCCGCUCCACCCUCGACAGCUACGCCCGCAAGACGGCAGGCGCCGGGGGCGUCUCGCACGGCUCGCGGCCCGGCAACUCG